GCCCCGCCCUUCUCGUCUCCCGGUAGCGUGUUUCAGCGCGCUCUCAACGUCACGGGGUCAAGCCUCGUCGUCACAACACCAUCGAUACCCAAAUUGUACUCACAUCGGCGUAUUGGUCGUGAUGAUGGCGGCAGCACUACCCACCAUAGUCCGCAGUUCUCGCUGUCACGGAGUUACAAUUGAUGUAUCGAGCGCCUCUGCUCCGCGCAACUAGUUCAGGCACAAAGAAGCGUCGUCCUUACGGUUACUUUUCUCAGGGCCGUCAGGCAACAACGGACAUCAUCAUUCAGCUCGCGUUACUGAAGGAAAACACCUCGAACCGUUUGCAAAGCAAAGAUCGUGUUAGAGGAUGCAGACAAGCGAAGGAGCUCUAGCCUCGGUACAUGUGCCAGUUUAGACCUGACUCCGUCGAAACACCAAGACUUCGAAUUUUCGAACGAAAAGACACACACCUUGGCGUAUAAGACUCGAUAUGGCUCGUCAAGAACAGUCGCUACGCGUCGAUGCAAAAGGCGCAACGUCGCCUUCGCUACAGCCCCGCAUCCUCUACUUGACAGUUUACAACCUCCUGUUUGCUGCAUUGUGGAUCUCGAUAGGCGUGAGCGCACUUACACAUGCCUCGGACAGCAAGUUUGUUUUGUUCGAAGCUGUCGAGCCACGAGCGCGAUGGGUACAGACUCUCACGUUGAUCGAGGUCAUACACGCUGCAAUCGGGCUGGUCAAGUCGCCAGUCAGCACCACGGCUAUACAAGUCUUCACUCGUGUCAUCCAGGUAUGGAUGAUCUGGUAUAGCUUUCCGGCAAGCACAGCCGCUUCUCACGCGUUCUUCGUUCUGGUGCUUGCAUGGUCGGUUGCGGACUCAACCCGGUACUUGUACCUGGCCUUGAACCUUCAUGGGAAGGCCCCGCAAGCGCUUACAUGGCUACGGUACACCAUGUUCUACCCUCUUUAUCCGAUCGGCAUCGGCGCAGAGUGGUGGUUGAUGUACAGAAGCAUUGAGCCUGUUGGGCAAGUCAGCCCGGUCCUUCCGCCUGUGUUUUACUUCCUGUUAGCACUAUAUGUUCCAGGUGCAUACACGAUGUUCACGUACAUGGUCAAGCAGAGGAAGAAAACGUUGUCGAAGAAUCGGAAAACUGCGUAGGCGUUGCAUUGACAGCUUUGCGAAACAGUCCGGGCGGGAAGGAGUCCACCGAAGCCUCAUAUAUGGCCAACGAUGCUCUCAUCUGGUGCGAGAUGAUAGCCUCGAGGUCUGACUAUACAGGGAUCCACUACCGUAUUAGACCCAGCUUAACUCGGAUGAAAAGCUUU